AUGGCGGACAAAAGUUCGAAGCCAGAAAUAAAUCCAGGAGACGCCAUUGUCGUCGCUUCCGAGGGUAACUCUUCAUCAAUCCGACCACAAUUCGGCCAACGUAUUAUCGACAGUUUCAGAAGAGAUCCCCAGUCAUUCACAAAGGAUUUGGAUAAAACUCAUGAACUUGAAAAUGGGCCACAUAAUGCUCCAGAGCCACCGCUCCAACGCCGUCUUAAAACCCGUCACGUUCAAAUGAUUGCAAUUGGCGGCUCUAUUGGGACUGGUCUUUUUGUGGGCUCUGGUAGUACGCUAGCAACCGGAGGACCAGCUUCUAUCCUCAUCGCCUAUACACUAAUCGGCUGCAUGCUAUUCUGCAUGAUGAAUGCCCUUGGCGAGAUGGCGGUUAUUUUCCCUGUCAGCGGUUCAUUCGCACAAUAUGCCACCCGAUUUCUGGAUCCGGCUUGGGGGUUCGCUAUGGGCUGGAUGUACGUUUUUUCUUGGCUAGUUACGUUGCCAUUGGAAAUCGUCGCCGCGUCAAUCACGAUCGAGUACUGGAAUCCUGGUGUUUCUAGUGCUGUGUGGGCCGCUAUAUUUUGGUUGGUGAUUAUCAGUAUCAAUCUCUUUGGCGUUAAGGGAUACGCCGAGGCCGAGUUUGUGCUUUCGAUAAUUAAAAUUAUUGCGAUUAUUGGAUUUAUAAUUCUGGGAAUCAUUCUGAAUUGUGGCGGUGGGCCUCAGGGUCAUUAUAUUGGUGGUCAAUACUGGUAUAACCCUGGGGCUUUUAAUAAUGGUUUCAAGGGUCUUUGCAAUGUCUUUGUCACGGCCGCUUUUGCCUUCGCAGGAACUGAGCUCGUGGGGCUUACAGCUGCGGAAACCGAAAAUCCUCGUAAAGCCAUUCCAAAAGCUACUAAGCAAGUGUUCUGGAGGAUAUUGUUAUUCUUCAUCGUCUCGCUCAUUAUAAUCGGACUUUUGGUUCCAUAUACAGAUUCAAGACUUGUUAGUGGAUCUUCUAGUGCUGAUGCACAUGCCUCUCCAUUUGUCAUUGCGAUCGAGGAUGCGGGUAUAUCUAGCCUCCCGUCCGUGGUGAAUGUGGUAAUUCUGGUUGCCGUCUUAUCUGUUGGCAAUUCCUCCGUCUACGGUGCAUCUCGCACUUUAUCUUCUCUCGCGGAACAGGGCCAAGCGCCUCGCUUUUUGGCAUAUAUUGACCGCAAGGGCCGCCCUAUAUUGGCCAUAGCCUUGACAUCCGCCUUUGGAUUGCUUUGCUUCCUCGCCGCAUCGGAGAAGCAGACACUUGUCUUCGAGUGGUUAAUGGCAAUUGUGGGCCUCGGUGAGAUCUUUGUCUGGGGCUCUAUUUGCUUGUGUCAUGUCCGAUUUCGACAGGCUUGGAAAUACCGGGGCCGGCAUUUGGAUGAGUUGCCAUUUCGUUCUCAGUCUGGCGUGAUUGGAUCUUGGGUCGGAUUUGGCUUUAAUUGCCUCGUGCUGAUCGCACAGUUUUGGACUGCGGCUUGGCCAUCUGGUUAUGGUGAGAUGACUGCGAGUUCUCGAGCAAGUACCUUUUUUUCUUAUUAUUUGGCUGCGCCUGUGGUUUUGUUUCUCUAUGGAUCGUACAAGUUUUGGUAUAGAACCAAGAUUGUUCAAGUGCAUGAAAUGGAUUUGGUCACUGGAUGUCGCAUUUUUCAUGUCGAUGAUUUACUUGAACAGGAGGCUGCUGAUCGUCACAGACGCUCUAUCUGGUGGAGAAUUUAUCACAUUUUCUGCUGA